ACAAACUGACCUUAACAAUUCGACUUGUACUAGUUGUAGGUUGCAGGGCGUACAGAAAUAGGGCCUAAAUAGGUGUUUUCGGUAGCCUGUGGAUUUGUUGACCUACUGGAAGGAAAAUGAUGAGUUUCAUUGUACGAUCUUCAGGAUUUUCUACAUACUUAAAAGCGACGUCGCAAGCUGUCGCUUCCCAAGUGAAACCUAUUGUUCCACCUGUAGUUUUAGCUGCCGAUAAAGCCUUGCCGUCUUCUCCAGAGAAACAUAAAAGCCAUUACAGUAUUGCGCAGUCUCUCCCAAAAAAUGAGCUAUUUGCCCAAUCAGGAGGCAUAAGAGUUCCUGCUCAGAUCCGGUUAGCCCAUACGGAUAUCAGAGUCCCAGAUUUCACAGAAUACAGAAGGAAUAGUGUCAAGGAUCCAAACAGAAGUUCAUCAAGUACUGAAGAAUCAAGAAAAUUGUUUAGUUACAUGUUGGUGGCUGGUGGAAGUUUAGGAGCAACCUAUGGAGCUAAAGCUUUGGUGACUCAGUUUAUCAGCACAAUGAGUGCUUCUGCUGAUGUCUUGGCUUUAGCCAAGAUAGAAAUCAAAAUUGGAGAAAUUCCAGAGGGUAAGAACAUGACCUUUAAGUGGCGAGGUAAGCCCCUGUUUGUUCGGCAUAGAGCUCCGGAGGAGAUAGAAAAAGAAGGUAGUGUUGACCUGUCAACACUUAGAGAUCCACAGCAUGACCGAGAACGUGCUCAAAGGCCAGAGUGGUUGGUGCUGAUUGGUGUAUGUACACACCUUGGUUGUGUUCCAAUUGCUAAUUCUGGAGAUUAUGGAGGUUAUUAUUGCCCUUGCCAUGGAUCCCACUAUGAUGCAUCUGGUCGAAUCAGAAAAGGUCCAGCCCCAUUAAACCUUGAAAUACCGUAUUACGAAUUUACAGAUGAUGAGACCUUAGUUGUAGGCUGAUUGGAAUAGCAAUAAUUUAGUGUAAAUUUAAAAUGAGUUGGUUCUUCUGGAAGUAAAAAGUAGAGUAUUUAAAUUUCAAGUUUCAUUAAAUACGAUGUGAAGUAAUUGAUGUAUACACAAGAAUAAAACUUAUAAACAUCAA